AUGCAGCCCAAUAAGCCGGGCGCUGCCCUCUUUCCAAGCCUGCCACCCCCACCCCCCCGCGCCACUUCAACGGGAAAGCGUCCCUCUGCACUUGCAUCUCGAACAUCAGGGCUCUUCUCCUCUCAGGUUUUCUACUGUGGGCCGGACAGGGGGGUGGAGAACUUGCCAAAACAACAACAACAACAACAACAACAACACCCAAGCGAGGAGCGCAAAGCAACGCAACGCUCGGAGGUGUUUUUUUUUUUUUUUUUUUUGCGCAAGGGAAAUGACAUACGGCGCUCCUGCUUCCUGGGGGUGGGGGGAGCCCGGCCUCGGCAGCACGAUCCGGCCAGGGCGGGCGCUGCAGCCUCCUCCCGCAAAAUCCCCGGGACCUUGCCGCCUUCUCCAUCCCCUGUCAAGCAGCCGGGUGGAGCGGGGAGAAGACGCGCCCUGGACGGCAGGAGCGCAUGGGAACUAGGAGCGCCGCCGCCGCUUGGCUACCAUGGACCAUGGCUACCUAGAGCACAGCGCCGGCGGUGACAACUUCUUGGAUAGCACCAGUGUCCUGGAUCAUCCAGACUGGCUCACGAGACUGAAUUCCCGCUUGCAGAGCCAGGAGGAGGAGCUGACCCUGGUGAAGUCGGCCUUGGCGGAUGCGCUGCGGAGGCUCAGCUUCUACGACCAGCAAAUCCCUCUGCUAAGGCGGCAGGUGCUUGAAGCAAACUCCAUCCCUUCGCAAGCUGGAGACCCUGCUACUCUUCCACGUGACAAUGGUGCCUGCUGGAUCCUGCCUCCCGCCUUGUCGAACGAUUCCAGUUCACCUGCUGCCCAGAAAACGAGAGACCGUACAGAGCUGCUGCCUGGAGCCAAAAGGACUCAGGGGUCGAGGGUCAGUGUUGGGACGCAGACGGAGGAGUCAGCUAUGCUGGCACUGAGACAAGGUCAAAGCCUUAUCAAUGGGCAUGGCAGGGGAGAGCCAGCCCACAUACCCACUAACACAGGAGAAAGAGACUACAGUGGACACCCAGCGUGCGGAAUACAAGACAAUGGGGCAGACCUGGGCUUUGCCUCGGAAGUGCGGAAAGUUCAGAAGGAACCCCAAAUGCAAGGAGAUGGUUGCUCUCUCCUCGAUGCUUGCUCUGAUGACAUUGAAGACAUUGGUGAGGCUCCCCCCGAAGACAGCUCUGAGAAAGUGUCAAGUGAAGGACAGACCCAACCCUCCACUCAUCCACUGGAGCGUGAGGCACCAUCCCCUGGAUCUCCGUCAGAAGAGAGCACAGCUGCUUCCCCGGUGCCAGCUGUGCAGAGUCUGAUGUCCAGCAAAAAAGAACUGCUGCGGAGAAACAGCUCCUCUGACAAACCCACCAAAACCAAGCAGCGCCUCACCAAAAAGGCAGCAUCCUCAGCAAACCUCUUGAACCGCUCCAGCAGCCUUGACAACCGAACCAAGGAUCCCAUUCUGAGUCCAGGGCCGUUGAGUACUCGAAGGAUGAACUAUAACCAAGAAAGAAAUGCUACCAAGAUGUUCUUGCGCGGCCGGCCCAUCACCAUGUACAUCCCUUCUGCUUUCCCAAACUACGAUGAGCUGCGCAUGGAACUGCCAUCUGAGAAGUUGCAGCUGGACUGGGUCUAUGGUUACCGCGGCCGUGAUUGCCGUUCCAACCUCUAUGUGCUGACAUCGGGAGAGCUGGUCUACUUCAUUGCCUGUGUGGUCGUCCUGUACCAUGUGCAGAAUCGCACACAACGCCACUAUCUACGACACACGGAUUGCGUACGCUGCCUGGCUGUACAUCCGGACAAAGUUCGUGUUGCCUCAGGGCAGAUGGCUGGUGUGGACAAAGACGGCAAGCCUCUGCAGCCUUUUGUUCAUAUCUGGGACUCAUCCACCCUUCUUCCACUGCAACAAAUUGGGUUGGGAAGCUUUGAGAGAGGAGUUGGUUCACUUGCCUUCUCCACUGCAGAUGACGGAAUGUACUUGUGCGUCGUGGAUGAGUCCAACGAACACAUGCUGUCCAUUUGGGAUUGUUCCCGUGCUACCAAGCAAGCUGAAAUCAAGAGCACCAAUGAAUCCGUCCUGACGGUGGAGUUCAAUCCACAAGACAGCAACAACAUCAUCACCACGGGAAAAUCUCAUGUCUAUUUCUGGACUUGGAGUGGAAAUAGCUUGACAAAGAAACAGGGCAUCUUUGGGAAAUACAAGAAGCCCAAGUUCAUCCAGUGCUUUGUGUUCGACACCAACAGCGAUGUCCUCACAGGCGACUCUGAGGGCAACAUUCUGACGUGGGCCCGGGUGGCAGCUGAUGUCCGGACACUGGGCAAGGGAGCAAAAGAGACAUACCAAAUCAGCAAACAAACACGGGCCCACGAAGGCAGCAUCUUCUCCCUGUGCCUGUGCCGUGAUGGCACCGUGCUCAGUGGCGGUGGCAAGGACCGGCGUAUUGUCCAGUGGAGUCCCGGCCUCACCCUGCUCCAAGAGUUGGAGAUCCCAGAACAAUUUGGUGCUGUGCGCACCAUUGCCGAGGGCGAUGGCGGGGAGCUGCUGGUGGGGACCACACGCAACGCGCUGCUGCGGGGGAGUUUUGCGGAAGGCUUCCGGCCCAUUAUCCAGGGAGCAUCUGCAAUGAUCGAACUGUGGGGGGCUGGGCACUCUCCCACCCUUCAGCGAAGACCUCUUUGUCACCCUCUCUCGCGAGCUCACGAUGACAAGCAGCUCUGCAUGUGGGAUGGUGGGGAGCACACGCUCGCUUGGAGUGUCACGUUAGAGGAAACAGGGCUCUGUGCCGACUUCCAUCCCAGUGGGAAAGUGGUCACGGUGGGCCUUAGCACUGGACGCUGGGUGGUGCUGGACACUGAGACGCGGCAGGUCUUAUCAGCCUACACCGAUGGAAACGAGCAGCUGUCCGUUGUGCGUUAUUCACCAGAUGGGGAGUUUUUGGCCAUUGGCUCCCAUGACAAUUUCAUCUAUAUAUACAGUGUUGGGGAGAGUGAGCAUAAAUACACCCGCUUUGGCCGUUGCGUGGGACACUCGAGUUUCAUCACACAUCUGGACUGGUCCAAGGAUGGAAACUUCAUUAUGUCCAAUUCAGGAGACUACGAAAUCCUAUACUGGGAUGUGGCAGGGGGUUGCAAACUGCUGAGGAAUCGCUUUGAGAACAAGGAUCGUGAGUGGGCUUCCUACACUUGCGUGCUGGGCUUUCAUGUUUUUGGCGUAUGGCCUGAUGGCUCAGAUGGCACGGAUAUCAACUCACUUUGCCGGUCCCACAACGAGCGAGUAGUGGCCGUAGCGGAUGACUUCUGCAAGGUCCACCUCUUCCAGUAUCCCUGUGCGAAGCCCAAGGCACCAAGCCACGAAUAUGGGGGACACGGAAGCCACGUCACCAAUGUGCGCUUCACGCACAACGAUGGCUACCUCAUCUCCAUGGGUGGCAAGGACACCAGCAUCUUCCAGUGGCGAGUGUUAGUCGGUAGCCUUCCCCGUAGUCGCUCCCUCUCCUCUGCCUCCAUCUCCUCGCAGGAUGCUGGGGUCAGCACCUGAAACCGGGGGACUGGGUCAAAUACCAUGGCUUAAGUCUUUGCGAGACAGGAUAACAGCGGUGACCUCCCAUCCCAUGACUGAUUCCUUGGGGUUCAGGUUCUCAGAUGGAUGGAGCCGUGGGACGUCGGGAGUCUCUUUCCCCUCCCAACAUGAUUUCCUUGGGCUAACAAUGUGAUUUGCUUUAUUAACAUAAGAGUGAAGGGGGGAAGUCGCCAGACCAGCGGGCACUCCUGGGUGCAGAACUGGCUUUGUGAAGGAAAAUGCCUGUGAUGUUGUGUGUUGGAUGGUGGAGAUGCAUUGUCUCUUCGAAAGGAGAUUUUGGGGAGACGGGAUGCUUUGUGGGAGGAACAGUCGGCUCAAGAGUUGUUUCAAGGGACCCACCCAUACACCUUCUUGACUCUGCCAGUAUAGCCUUACCUCUUAGGAGCCUGAAAGCAUCGGCAUUCCAAAUUAUGGGGAAACGCAAGUGCCUCCAUUUCCAUACCCCUGCGCUUUCCUGGCUGCAGCUGCAACUUUCUUCACUUCGUUUACAUUCCUAGUGACUCUGUCAGAGGCCGGAUCCGCCACAUAAAUAAGUGGGAGCAAGGAGAAGGCCUUAAUACUGUGAGAGACGUGGAGAAAUAAACCUUUGCAUUCAGCA